GGUCGGCAGGCGAUGUAAACAGUAUCAUUGUCCCGCCUGCCUACCUGCGUACUAGUGUAUGUAUGUAUGUAUACAUACACUUGCGAACAUACAUUGUAUAAUCCGGAUGGCCAUCGAGGUGAUAUUUAAGGAGCAUUUUGUCAAAUAACGACGUAAAAAUAGUUCGCGAUUCGCAAUCGUUUCUACAAACUGUGUGUCGUCUCUCGAUCUUGUGCCAUGUUAAACAGUGAUGUGAUGAAAAAGCCAAAAAGAGAGAGAGAGGAGUAAAGGACGCACCAAACUGCGGAAGAUCAAUCUCGGGGAUUCGGAUACAUUUUCAGCAAUCCUUCGAAAAAUGAUACGUGCCUUUUUAUCUUCCUGAUCUGCUUUAUAUUUAUUGGGUCGAUUUGACGGCGGUGAUGCAGUAGAAAAAGCCGGUGCAGGUCAGCCGCGUAUUUCUCUUCAGCCGUCACAUGUCCAUCUCGCAAUCAAACGGCGAUUCAAAGUGCCGGCACUUGAAUAUACAGCUCGAGUUAACAGCUCGAAACACCGUGCUUGUGCUACCGAUUAACGUCGGCCAAAUCGGCCAACAUCCAACAACUUUUGAUCGACAUUCCAAGGUUAUUGAACCACCUUCGAGAUAUUCUAAAACCAAGAUGAACAUCGCUAAAGACGAUGAUGAAUUUUGGUUCAGCAGCGAAAAGCGAUCAUUCUGCUUCGAAAAUAAUGAGGUAGAUCAGCUGUUCGGAGUAUCGAAGAAUGAAACUGAAAAAUUAUGGGCCGGAAUCUCGGAUAGAUCACUUUCUGAAAGUAGUUUUAAAUGUACUGAUGAUCCUCAAACAACAAAACCAUUGUUCUCGAUCAUAUCUGAAAAGACACUUUCAUGCAUAUUAGCUGCAGAUAAAUUACAGGAUGUAAAUACAGAAAGAGCUGUUGAACAGCCAGACAUCACUUUGAAAAAAAUAUUGCUUGGUCGGCCAUACUCAUUAGAACAAUACAAGUCUCUUGCUAGCAAAACUGCCCUAUUAGAUGCCGCUAUUUUGAGUGGAGAUGGAAAUGCCAUUUUGAUAAUAAUUUUAUUUCUUACAAAAACUUUGAAAAGAUCAUUUGUGCAAAGAUUACUAAUAGACAGACCAGAAGCAGUAAAUGUAUAUAUACAUUAUCUUUUUAUAAGACUACAAACAAGUGAAAUAACUGAUAUUUUAACAAUGCUGGGUCAUUCUUCGACCGCUGCUAUGAAGAAUCUUCAUAUUAUUAUAAAGAACACAAGAGAUCCAAAUAGAUUACUGCAAAAACUUCACAAUUGCCAGAAAGCACAUUUUGCCAUGUUACCUGAUUGUAAAGAAGCCAUAUUUUUGGAAUCUUAUAUUAAGUUGUUGGAAUGGCAAAUAGCGAUCAACCAAAGAAAGGAUAAUGAAGAGUUCCCAUUGAACUCUUCUAUUCGGGACUCUCUGCAUUAUGCGUGCAAACAUCAUUACAAUACACCAAACACAUUUGUCGCAAUAUCACCUACAACGCUCUCUCAAGAUCAUGACAUUUCUCCUAGACUAUAUCAAAAAGUUGCUAUACAAGUUAAAGCUGCCUAUGGUGGAUGGGACGAUAUCGAUCGUUUACUUUUAACAAAAGGAAUACUUGGUAAUAUAAAGCUGCAAACACAUUUGCACAUAGAAGAUAUUUUGAAAGUACUCCAUGAACACAAUGCACCAUGUGCCAUUCUUGAAAAGUAUUUGAAAUUUGUCGACAAUUUAGAGAAACGAUUGGAAAUGGCAAAGAAAUUAUCUUGCCAUACGAUAGUAAUCGAUAUAUAUGUACAACAAGGGGACCGCAUGAUGCUGAUGGAUUACAAAGCAAGAUUGCAACCUCAAUCGGAAGAAUAUUUUUAUGCCGAAAGCGCGUUACAUUUACCACAUGUUAAAUGGAAGAAUUAGGUCUGUUAACAUGUAAUUAAUAAACAUGAAAAAUAAUA